UUAACUUCACGUUUCUCUCCCAAAUCCCGCACACGCGAUUUCUCUUCGUCGGCGCACGAUUUCUUCUUCGUCGGCGCACACGCGAUUUCUUCUCCGGCUGCAUGCACGCGAUUUCUUCUUCGGCUUGCACGUGAUCUUCUUCUCCGGUCCCAAAUCAAGCACAACUCUAAGGGCUCUGACUUAAGGGGCAAGAGAUCUUCUUCUCUAGCUCCAAAUCACGCACGACUCUAAGGUGCGCAACCCUCCGGCUUAAGGCGCACGCGAUCUUCUUCUCCGGCAUUCUUUCCACGAUCCACCGAACAAGCUUAAGCUCAGGAUGAGGUGGGAAGAUAAAUUUCAGAUGAUAACGCGAUUAAUGAUGCAAGCUGCGAAGAAGAUAGUUCAUUCGACGAAGAGGACCUAAUCAAGGGUCUCAAAUUCCAACCAAUAUUGAUGGACGGACUAAAAUAAAUGUGGUUAUGAAUAAAUUUGUCGAAAAUGAAAUUCCUCGUGAAAUUACAAAUGAUAUCAAAGGAGUGAUUAAAGGAGUAUGGCCAACGUGGAAAAAGGUGCCUAGUGAUAUUAAAGAUUUACUUUGGGAAAAUUUUAAGUUGAGAUAUAAUUGGGAUAAUUUUACCGACAGAGAAAUGAAAAAGGUAUGGAAUGAAAAUUCAAGUGAGAGAUACAGGGCAUCCAUUCAUUUGGCUAAGAAAGCAGCAUUAUCAUCUGCACAAGAAGAUUUAGGAAGGAAACCAGACAUAUUAGAUAUGAUAGGUAGAGGACCUGAUUGGAUGGAAGCUAAUAUAUGGAAUGACUUGGUUAAAAUUCAUUGGAAUAAACCAGAUCACAAGAUCAAAUGUGAAAUUGCACGGAAGAAUAAAAUGACAGCGAAGGAUGGGUCUACUAUCAAACAUAUUGAGAGUUCAAUUUCUUUUGUAGCACACCGUGAGAGAAUGAAAAAAGAUUUGGGACGAGAUGUGGAUGAAUUUGAGGUUUUUGAACGAAUGCAUAAAAGAAAGUAAGGUACUGGAGAGUUUGUGG